AUGGAUUUUAAUCAAUUAGUUGAUCACUAAUAUUCUGAUGUUGGUUGUGGAGUUUCCAAAAUUACAGAUACAAUGAUUGCUUGGUAAUAAAGCGAUCAACAAUAUAUUCUUUUUUUUGAAUUAUAAAAAGACAUUUAUGUCUAGAAAAAUUAUUUGAAAUUGGAAUACUAGAAAUGUAAAAUCAAGACUUAAUUAUUCUUAUUCCCAACCUUAUACAAUAAUGAAAAAAAAAGUCAUAAUUAAAAAGUUCAACAGCAAAAUCUAUUUUAUUCUUUUAGAUAAAUCAAAUAAAUAAUUUAAAGUUGA